AAGGAGAGCGCCAAGGAGGCGAGCGCGGCCGCGGUGCCGGCGCCGGUGCCCUCGGCCGCCGAGCCGCCGCCCGUGCUGCACCUGCCAGCCAUCCAGCCGCCGCCGCCGGUGCUCCCCGGGCCCUUCUUCAUGCCAUCCGACCGCUCCACCGAGCGCUGCGAGACCGUGCUGGAGGGCGAGACCAUCUCGUGCUUCGUGGUGGGCGGCGAGAAGCGCCUGUGCCUGCCGCAGAUCCUCAACUCGGUGCUGCGCGACUUCUCGCUGCAGCAGAUCAACUCGGUGUGCGACGAGCUGCACAUCUAUUGCUCGCGCUGCACGGCGGACCAGCUGGAGAUCCUCAAAGUCAUGGGCAUCCUGCCCUUCUCGGCGCCCUCGUGCGGGCUCAUCACCAAGACGGACGCCGAGCGCCUGUGCAACGCGCUGCUGUACGGCGGCGCCUACCCGCCGCCCUGCAAGAAGGAGCUGGCCGCCAGCCUGGCGCUGGGCCUGGAGCUCAGCGAGCGCAGCGUGCGUGUGUAUCACGAGUGCUUCGGCAAGUGCAAGGGGCUGCUGGUGCCCGAGCUCUACAGCAGCCCGAGUGCCGCCUGCAUCCAGUGCCUCGACUGCCGCCUCAUGUACCCUCCGCACAAGUUCGUGGUGCACUCACACAAGGCGCUGGAGAACCGGACCUGCCACUGGGGCUUCGACUCGGCCAACUGGCGGGCCUACAUCCUGCUGAGCCAGGACUACACGGGCAAAGAGGAGCAGGCACGCCUUGGCCGCUGCCUGGACGACGUAAAGGAGAAGUUUGACUAUGGCAACAAGUACAAGCGGCGGGUGCCCCGGGUCUCCUCGGAGCCCCCGGCCUCCAUCCGGAAAACAGAUGACGCUCCCUCCCAAGUCCCCACGUCUUCUGAGAAGGACAAACAGUCUGGCUGGCUGCGGACCCUGGCCAGCUCCUCCAGCAAGCAGAGCCUUGGCUGCGUUCACCCUCGUCAGCGCCUUUCCGCUUUCCGACCCUGGUCCCCUGCGGUUUCCACGAGUGACAAAGAGCUCUCCCCACACCUCCCGGCCCUGAUUCGAGACAGCUUUUACUCCUACAAGAGCUUUGAGACGGGUGUGGCCCCCAACGUGGCCCUGGCGCCGCCAGCCCAGCAGAAGGUUGUGAGCAGCCCGCCCUGUGCCACCGUGGUCUCCCGGGCCCCCGAGGCUCUGGCCACCUGCACCCAGCCGCGGAAGCGGAAGCUGACGGUGGACACGCCCGGAGCCCCCGAGACGCCGGCGCCUGCGGCCGCCGCAGAGGACAAGGACUCGGAGGCCGAGGUGGAAGUGGAGAGCAGGGAGGAAUUCACCUCCUCCCUGUCCUCCCUGUCCUCCCCGUCCCUUACCUCAUCCAGCUCCGCCAAGGACCUGAGCUCCCCAGGCGUGCACGCCCCGCCUGCCGCGCCUAUAAGAGGCGGCCACCCCUCCCGAAAUUACGGUAUUUAUUUACACGAGAAAGAUCUUACCCAGGAUUCUUCGCUCGACCCCGUUCUAGCGCCGAGGCAGCUGCCAGUGCACGUGGAGGUGGAGGCCGCCGUGACCGGCAGAGGCGUGGUGGCCGUGUCGCCUGCAGGGCUCUUGCCCGCGGUUUACCAGGGGGAGGGGCGCAGGUGCUGCUGGACCCCCUUCUAA